AUGCUGCUGAGUCUUGAGGCGGAUAAGAUGAUGCGGUCGACCUCGUCUUUCCACUCGGUGAGCAGCCGCAGCAUGCGAAGAAGCCAAAUGCAUCAGACGAGCAAAGCAGAGAAGUUCGACUCGUCGCAGACAUCUGAGACCCGGGCGAAGGAGCAAUCGGACGCCAAGCGCCCGGUAGCUCUCAGAAUGAACUCUGAGAGUUUCAUUGACGAAGAAGGCCCAAAUCGUGACCUGAGCGGCGGCUCCGGCACCACCCCGGUGACGCAUGCGCAAGCAUCCCAGCAGAGCGCAGAGAACUUUACGCCGCGGGGCCAGGUUGCAGACCGGCAGAGUCGACCCAGUUUGGUGAGAGCUGAGGAAGGCUCUAUCGGGCAAGCGCAGAUUGAAGGCGGACUCCAAGACCUCGUCAGCCCCGACAGCGACAGCGCUUCGCGGUGGGUAAGGCAGACCAGCCCUUCGGAUAUCACCCCAAGGAGCCAGGACAGGUCCAUCCGAAUGAGCCGCCUCGAUGCCGUGAACCGGGGGGAUUCGCUAAGCACCAUGAACCCUGCAUUGCAGUCCCCGCAGACCUCCCCAACGACGGCUUCGCUAGCAGCUGUGGCAGCUGAGGACGAGUCCAAGCUCGACCAGGCGGCCUUUGAGGUCUUCGUCAAAGUGAAGUGGGAGGGUGAGAACCAGGUUCACCGCUCGUCUCUCCUCUCGGCUCUGGAACUCCUGGGCUUCGUUGCCCCCAAGCAGAGCUGGGUCGAUGAGAUUUUUGAGGAGAUCAGCCCGCAGUACAACCAGAUAGAGUUUGACGUGUUCAGAGACUUCAUCAGGAAAUACAUCGCCUACCAAGACAAGGCCUAUGAAGCAGCCUUCGCAAGAUGCGACGGUGAUGGUUCUGGCCUGGUGGAGGCUUCGGAAGUUGCUGUGCUUCUACGAGACUUUGACAUUGAGCCGAUGACGCACGUCCUGCAAGAGGUGAUUGAUGAGGUGGACAAGGAUCGCGGAGGAACCUUGGACCCUGACGAGUUUAAGGAGUUGAUGGAACUACUGAAGCGCCGAGAAGGGUUCACUGCCAGCGAGUACGAGGAAUUCGUUGGCAUCUUUGACCGCCACGGCCACGACGGGACCAAUCUGCUGGACAGCAAGGAGUUCCAGACCAUCUUGAACUGGCUGGGCUUCUGCUGGCCUGUCGAAAGGACGCAGAGGAUCCUGGACCAGGUGGAUCAUGACAAGGCCAAGGGCAAGCUCAACCAGCGCCAGUACCUGCAGUGCAUGCGCCGCGUGCGGGAGUCCGAGCUUGAGCUCCUCCAGAAGCUGAUCAAGGAGAACGAUGCAGACCAUUCCGGGACCAUCAAUAUGAUGGAGGUGGUGCCUGUCUUGAAGGAUCUUGGCUACGAGAUGUGGGACAUCUCGGCCAUCCACGAGGCUGCCGAAGAAUGUGGCGUCGCAGCCGUCGAGAUGGAUUUAAGUGCUAUGUGGCGGCUGCUGCUCACGUAUCGCCAGCGAGAGGGCUUCUGCAACAUCGACCUGGAGCAAAUUGACGCCUCGUUCCACAAGCAAGACAAGGACGACGCCGGCCACCUCCCUGCUCUGGAGGCGACGCGGGCUUUGCGAGAGCUGGGCUUUACGGCGGGCUUCCACGUCAUGCACAGCGUGCUCAACAAGGUGGAUGUGGACGACACCGGCACUCUUGACAAACGAGUGCUCGAGGGCCAGUGGCGGGCCAUGGCGGAAGGCCUGGCUCCUGUGGCCUACGCGGUGCCCACACAGCUGGAGUCUGAGGCGCCCUCGGGCAAGGAGUCGGAGCCGGCAGCAGCAGGUCCGCGGCAGCCUGGCGCACGGCUGCUCUUGUGCCUAUGCUUGGCCUCUGCGAUCGAAGGUAUUGAUUCUCAGCUGGUGCCUGCUUGCAUGUUCCAGCUUCAGAAGAACAUCAUGACCCUGACAGACGUUGCGAUCCUGAACACCGUCCAAAUGGUGCUCACAAACUUGGCCGCCCCUUUCUGGGGCAUCCUUGCAGAUAGAGGUACUUUGAAGAGAAAGCACAUUAUACUUUUGGGUGCUCUCGGAGAAGGCUUAGCAGCUGGUUUUAUGUCCAUGGUGCCCAACUUUGUGGUCAUGGUGAUCUUGCGGGGCAUGAGCGGCUUCUUCCUCGCCUCCCUUAGGCCCGUCGUGAACGGCAUCAUCGCAGACAUGACGUCGGAUGAACGGCGUGGAAAGAUGUUUUCCCUGGUGCAGAGCUCCCUGCUUGUUGGUAUGUGCUGCACCACACUGAUAGCCGGCAACGUGGCCAACAUCAGCUUGGGCAGCAUGCCUGGAUGGCGCUUUGUCUUCUUGCUUGCAGGAUGCACUGCUGCAUGCAUCGGCGUGCUGGUGUGCAUGCUCAUGGUGGAGCCGCCCAAGCAGCUGGACGAGUCGGCGGACAAGAAGGGCUGCCAGGCCGUGGGAGAGGAGCUGCACGCGCUGUUUGGUUUCCUCUGCAUCCCCACUUUCUGCAUCAUGGUUGUGCAGGGAAUAUUUGGCACGAUUCCGUGGACGGUUAUGGGCAACAACUUGCUCUUCUUCAAGCUUUCUGGGCUCGAGGACUGGCAAGGAUCCAUCCUGGCAUCCGAGGGCGCGGGUCCCAGGCCGAAUCCGGCUACUAAGAGGGCCUGA